GCGCAACGCGCCGUGCGCCCGCGUCCACCUUUCUUUUGUGACGUCAAGACAAUUUCAGCCUAAUCACAACAGGAUAAGAACCAAAUUUGUGUGUGAUAGUGUGUGUUUAAACGUAAUUGCUACGGUACACAAUGAUGCCCAGACUAUAGAGAAACCGGGAUAAAAGAGAUAGAGAGAAUGCCAGACACACUGUCCCUUUCUACGGGAGUCAGCUUGGGACUGCUGGCUGGGAUAGUGUCAGGAGUGUGUUACCUCUUCGCUAAUGGGCUGACGAAGACGAAGGAAACAAAAGACGUCCACACUAAGAAAUCUAUAGCUGCAAUUGACAAACACAUCUGCCGACGGUGUGGUGGUGACAUUUUGGGCGGUUUGGUCCCGUGCAUUUGUGAAUACCACGAUCCUGUAAAAUUUGAGUCAGGGGCGUGGUUUCUCAGACAAGUUCAACGCGCGCUCAGCCUGAUGCCCUGGUCUCUCAGCACUGAUAAACUGGAACAAAUUGAAGAAGAAUGCGAAGGCACAAGCGACAACCGAGACCUCCAUAAUGUCCGAGAGUUUUUGGAAGCUAUAUCCUCCAAAUUAGCUGGUGGACCACUCGAAGGAAUCCGGGUUGCUCCUCUUUAUGAUCAUCCAGCAUAUUUACCAAAGCAGCAAGCAGCGCAUAGUAACCGGACGAUCGGUGCAAGUGGUGCGCAUGCGCAACUGAAACGCCUAGUAGCGAGAGUGGUAGAGGAAGCUGCAGCUCUUCCUGCGCUCGCCAGAUAUGCAGCAGAACCUUCAACGCCCACAGAGUCUUCUUACGAAGAUCUUCUAGCUACUGCUAUACUUAACAAGGUCAUAGAACGCUAUCAAACGGAGAGCGGAUCUGGCGGUCGCAGCAGCGGAAUCCACUCAGCUAGUGCCAGUCCAUCGCCUUCCGAAAGAUCAUCUCCGAGGUCAUUGGAACUCAACUCACGUAACGCAAGGGAAAUUUCACCAUCUGUCAGUGCUAUUCGUGGUGACGACGAUGUCUCAGAUUGGGAAGAAGGUGAAGCAACCGAUGAUGCCGUGGAGCUGCCACGACGCGUACCUUUCCCCGAAUUUGGUGGAGAUAUUGUCCACCAAACAGAAAACAUUGAUCGAGACUUCGAUGAAGUUUCCGGAAGUGACAUCCAAGCAAUUGACGGUUCGUGGGAGGAGAACUGGCUUUUCCAAAAGAAGAAAAUCAAAAAUAUUCAAUCGGUUCCGGUUCCUAUGCUAGUUCCAAACUCUAAUACAGAGUACAGAGUUUUAAUUGGCGAUAGGGAUGCCGACGAUACAACAGACCUUUCUGAUAAUGCGAGUGAUACUGAAGAGAACGAAACAUAUCAGAGUGAUAUAAAAAAGGUCUUAGAAUCAAAACACGUUAUAGGGGGUAAACCCAAAGUAGACGAAGUCUUAGACUUCGAACCAGACAGUCUUAUGUCUGUUAACGGAUCAGAGGAAUUUGAGAAAAUUUAUAAUGAAUAUUCUAAAGGCGAAGACACAGUCGAUGCAGUAGAAGUAAAAAAUGUAGGGAUACAAGAAAUAGAUCGCCAUGAAGACUCAAUAUUGUUACUUGGCGUAGACAGUGGUCCAUUACCAAAAACUGAAUUCAAUUUAAAAGAAGAAAUCCACAGAACCGCUAUAAAUGGUCACGACGUGUUUGAAGAUUCAAGGCAUACAAAAGAGAUGUCCAUUGACAGUCUCGAAAUGGAUGGGAUUCCUAAUGAAAAAGAGUCGACAAACACGCUGAGCAACCACGAACGUGAAGGUGAAUAUGAAGAGACAGUAACGAUCCCAGUACAACGGUACGCAGACAGUUUACGGAGGAAACAUUUUGAAGAUGAACCUCAAACUAAACCAGUAUCAAACGAAGCCCACGAUGAACUUAUGCCAGGAACCAUAGCUUAUAGAGAGCGGAAAAAAUGGUUGAACUAUGUUGAAAUGCCAAACAAUCCUUAUUCACCAGAAGCAAUCCAGAAGAGACUGUUAGCUAAAAGUACAUCGUCCCUUUUCGAUAGUUUGACAUCUAAAAAUAAUUUAGAUGAUAAAUUCGCUUCAAAUGAGAACGUAACCAAACCGACGGACAAUGAAGAUACUUAUAAAAAAAUUAAUUCUAGCCAAAGUACAGAAUGUUUGAAAGUUAAUGAUCGAUCACCGAGUCCAUCGCCGAAAAUGUUAAAAGAUGUUUUGGCUGAAGAAGUUCCACAAUACAAACGUUACGGCAGAGAUUAUUAUAUUAAAGAAGCAAAACUUUCGUCGGGAGGACGAGAGAAGACGUUUAGCGAUACAAGUUCAAUAUCGAGUUCGAUCAACAAAUCGAGCAGCUUAGACAAUUUCGAUACUGAGUUCGCCUCCCCUGAAUUGCUAAUACAGCAAUUUAAUUCAAUUGCCGCUAAUCAAGACUAUACAAAAUUCAAUGGUAAAGAGUCAAACAAUAAAUCAGUAACGACAGUUCCAAUAGAGGGUAAAAAUGAAAUAUUAAUAGAAUACGAAGACACUAAUGAGGUAUUUGUUGCUAAACCGGUUGUGGUAGAGGAUCAGACGGACAGACAAUUCGAAGACAUACUUGACUCAGUUAAUUCAAGCACGCAGUCAACUGAACCAGAAAAAUCACCUACACGUAGUAUAGAAAAUUCCUAUAGCUCCAGCAGUAUUGAAGAUUCAAUCAAAAUAUAUAAUAUUCAAACUGGCGAGAUAGUAAAAUGCAAACCAGAAGAUAAGAUAUCGCGAUACGAGUGUGACGAAAACGACAAUAUACACUCAGUUGAUAACGAGAUCUCCGGCGAAAUUAUCGAUAGGCUCAGUCAUAACGUGCAACUCAGUGACGACGCUGGCGUCGAAAUAGAUCAGUCAGAAAAUAAACUAGAAAAAAUCAGUGAAAUAGACGAAAUAUUACCGCAAUUACCUAAAGUGAAGGAACUCGCUAAAAAGUUUGUCAGCAUGGAUAAUCUUAACGAGCCUACUAAGCCACCACACCAACUAUGGCGACAAUUGAGUAAAGAGAACCUUCUCGAUACAAAAGACAAGUCGAAACAUUUAUACAUGCACAGUCUUACAGCUAGAAGCAUUUCUAAACAAUUUCGCGAAGAACUAAAAUUAUCAAAGCCUACAAGCAUAAAGGUUCCCGGAGGAGCCAACGAAAUCCCUGAAGGUGCAGACGAGGUUCUUAAAGAGUAUAGUCCAGAAAGACCACCCAGCCCCGUCCCUGUGCCUGGCACUAUUAAGACAAAGUUAGCCUUUUUUGAAAGUUUAAAAUCUAAGUUUAGCAGCAAAUAGCAGCAAAAUUAUUGAUGAAAUGUCUUAAAUAUUUAUUAACUUAUUAACAGAAUUUUGAAAAUUAAUUUUGUAAAUGGGUUUCAUAGGUAUAUAACUACUACAUGUUUAGAUCAUCAUAAACAUGUCUUGUAGUUAUGUCACAGUACGAAGUCGAUUUUGAAUAGAGACAGAGCUAACAAGUAAUAGAAAUUAAAUAUUUAUUUAAUUAAUACUUAAAACUGUAAUUUAUUUGGAGAAUAUUUUGAUAACCUUGCUUUUGAUACAAAACAAAUGACUAAUGAGCAACUUAUUUAAAAUCCAGCUGAAAACAUAAUUACAAUAAUUAUAUUAUUAAAGGUGCUUUUAGUUUAGGCAUAUAUUAUCAGGGGUUCAUGUAUUUUAUGACUUAUGUAUUGUGUAAAUAAAUAGAAUAGUGCCAUUUUAUAAUCAUUGUUUAGUGUAUGCCAAAGUUGUAAAUAGGAUCAUUCCAAUAAAAUUAGUGGUUGUGUCUAUUGAAGUAAUUUUUAUAUACUUCUAGUCGAAGUAUUGCUAGAUUUAAAAAAAAUAAAAAAGGUGCGAUAUAAAGACAUCUAUAGACCCAAUAAUUUAUAUCUAGCAAUACUAUGACUUAAUAUUGGUGUGUGCAAUAAUUAUAAAAACCCCAUAAAGUAUGAAAUGUGAUAAUGAACAUAUUGAAAUAAGAUAGAUAUUUUUCGAGGGGGUGUUGUUCAAUGGGAUAAUAAUAAACAGAUAAAAAUA